AUGGCCCGUACGAAGCAAACCGCUCGGAAGUCCACAGGUGGGAAGGCGCCGCGGAAGCAGCUGGCGACGAAGGCCGCUAGAAAGUCUGCUCCGGCCACCGGUGGGGUGAAGAAACCUCAUAGAUUCAGGCCAGGGACGGUGGCGCUCCGCGAGAUCCGAAAGUACCAGAAGAGCACUGAACUUCUGAUCCGGAAGCUCCCUUUCCAACGACUGGUUCGUGAGAUUGCUCAGGACUUCAAGACCGAUCUACGCUUCCAGAGCUCUGCCGUCUCCGCACUCCAGGAGGCGGCCGAGGCCUACCUCGUUGGUCUCUUCGAGGACACCAACCUUUGCGCCAUUCACGCCAAGCGUGUCACCAUCAUGCCCAAGGACAUUCAACUAGCUAGACGCAUUAGGGGCGAGCGCGCUUAA